AUGGCGAGGACGGGCGGCUCCGGAGUGGUCCCCGCUCCCCUGCAGCGCAGGAGUCCGGGGUGCACAUGGGGCGCCCCGAAUUCUGCAGUCCCCCUGCAGAUCUGGGAGCGGGGACUCUACGGCCCCCCGACGCAGUCAGGGUCCCUUAGCCCCUCCGGAUUCGCAAUCCUUGCCACCACCCCCAGGUGUGAGGGCAGGAGACACCCCGAGGUGUCACCGCACGCGCGGCCGCUCGCCCCCAUUGGGGAAUCGGAGCCCCGCCGCCAACCGUGGAACCCAGACCCUUACCAGAAGGCUGGACUCGGGUCCUUCGCGUCUGGGCGCCCGACGCCCCCUUCCUCCAAGGACCCAGGGGCCCCUGCCUCUCCCCCCUGCUUCGGGGGCCCCUGGGCCUGGGCGUCGGCGCCCCCGGCCCCCGCUUUCCGGAUCCAGGUGUCGCCCCUCUUCACCCCCCAUCCUGAAUCUUCGCGUCUCGGAGGCCGCGCGGCUCUGGUGGACAUUCUGCGGCAUCAGGCGGCGCCCGGGGCCCGCCCAGACAGGACGCGCAGCAGCUCCCUGACCCCAGGGAUCGGCGCCUCCGACAGCCUGGCGCCCAGGACGCCCAAGAACCUGUACAACACCGUGAAGCCCUCCAACCUGGACUGGCGGGCCGCCCCCCCACCCAGCCCUUCGCUGCACUACUCCACGCUGUCCUGCUCGAGGUCCUUCCACAACCUCUCCCAUCUGCCCCCGUCCUACGAGGCCGCCGUGAAGUCGGAGCUCAACCGCUACUCCUCACUCAAGAGGCUGGCUGAGAAGGACCUGGACGAGGCUUACCUGAAGCGCCGGCACCUGGAGCUGCCCCGCGGGAACUCCAACGUGGAGAACCUGCCCCCCCACAUCAUCCGCCUGGUGUACAAGGAGGUGACCACCCUGACGGCCGACCCUCCCGACGGCAUCAAGGUCUUCCCCAACGAGGAGGACCUCACUGACCUGCAGGUCACCAUCGAGGGUCCCGAGGGCACCCCAUACGCUGGCGGGCUGUUCCGCAUGAAACUCCUGCUGGGCAAGGACUUCCCGGCCUCGCCCCCCAAGGGCUACUUCCUGACCAAGAUCUUCCACCCCAACGUGGGCGCCAACGGGGAGAUCUGCGUCAACGUGCUCAAGAGGGACUGGACUGCAGAGCUGGGCAUCCGGCACGUGCUGCUGACCAUCAAGUGCCUGCUGAUCCACCCAAACCCCGAGUCAGCCCUCAACGAGGAGGCCGGGCGCCUGCUGCUGGAGAACUACGAGGAGUACGCGGCCCGUGCCCGCCUGCUCACUGAGAUCCACGGCGGCGCCGGCGGGCCCAGCGGCGCCAGGGCCGAGGCCAGCAGAUCCCCGGCCGGCGGGCCCACCGCGGCCUCUGACCCCACAGCCCUUGGGGGCCUGGGAGGGGCCGAGGGCCCCAUGGCCAAGAAGCACGCUGGCGAGCGCGACAAGAAGCUGGCGGCCAAGAAAAAGACAGACAAGAAACGGGCCCUGCGGCGGCUGUAGGCUGCCCGCUCGGUCUCUAAGUUAUUUAAGUUAUGGCGGGGGGGCUAGGGCGUCGGGCCUGGAUUUGUUUUCUAAAUAAAGUCGGAAAAGCAGCUCUCGCCUCUGCCGCCGGCCC